CGCAGGCGCGGCUUCCAGACCAACAUGGCGGCUGUGCUGCUGCUGCUCCGCGCCCUUCGCCGGUGCCCAGGUCCGGGUCCUGGGCGGCUCUGGGGCCCAGGCCCGGCCUGGAGUCCAGGGUACCCCGCGGGGUCCGGGAAGCGGCGGCCGUACUUGGUUAGCAGGCCUCCGGGGGGCCUCGCUGAGGCUGGAGGCCAAGCCGUACAGAGCUUAAAAUUGCGACUGCUAACCCCUACCUUUGAAGGGAUCAACGGAUUUUUAUUGAAACAACAUUUACUUCAGAAUCCGGUCAGACUGUGGCAACUUUUAGGUGGCACUUACUAUUUUAACACCUCAAGGAUGAAGCAGAAUAAUAAGGAGAAGUCAGAGGGGAAGACGCCUCAAGAGGACGAAGAGGACCGGAGGCGCCGGGAGCGGGAAGACCAGAUGUACCGAGAGCGGCUUCGGACCUUGCUGGUCAUUGCGAUUGUCAUGAGCCUUCUGAAUGCCCUCAGCACCAGCGGGGGCAGCAUUUCCUGGAAUGACUUUGUCCACGAGAUGCUGGCGAAGGGUGAGGUGCAGCGCGUCCAGGUGGUGCCUGAGAGCGACGUUGUGGAAGUCUACCUGCACCCUGGAGCAGUGGUGUUUGGGCGGCCUCGGCUAGCCUUGAUGUACCGAAUGCAGGUUGCAAAUAUCGACAGGUUUGAAGAGAAGCUUCGAGCAGCUGAAGAUGAGCUGAAUAUCGAGGGCAAGGAUAGGAUUCCGGUUACCUACAAGCGAACGGGAUUCUUUGGAAAUGCCCUGUACGCCCUGGGGAUGACAGCAGUGGGCCUGGCCAUCCUGUGGUACGGUUUCCGCCUGGCUGGAAUGACUGGAAGGGAAGGUGGAUUCAGUGCUUUUAAUCAGCUUAAAAUGGCUCGUUUCACGAUUGUGGAUGGGAAGAUGGGGAAAGGGGUCAGCUUCAAAGACGUGGCAGGAAUGCACGAAGCCAAGCUGGAAGUGCGAGAGUUCGUGGAUUAUCUGAAGAGCCCAGAGCGCUUCCUCCAGCUUGGCGCCAAGGUUCCGAAGGGUGCACUGCUGCUCGGCCCCCCUGGCUGUGGGAAGACCCUACUGGCCAAGGCAGUAGCCACAGAGGCCCAGGUGCCGUUCUUGGCAAUGGCUGGCCCGGAGUUCGUGGAGGUCAUUGGAGGCCUGGGUGCUGCCCGUGUGCGGAGCCUCUUCAAGGAGGCCCGAGCCCGGGCUCCCUGCAUCGUCUACAUCGACGAGAUCGACGCGGUGGGCAAGAAGCGCUCCACCACCAUGUCCGGCUUCUCCAACACUGAGGAGGAGCAGACGCUCAACCAGCUUCUGGUGGAAAUGGACGGAAUGGGAACCACAGACCAUGUUAUCGUCCUGGCGUCCACGAACCGAGCCGACAUUUUGGACGGUGCUCUGAUGAGGCCAGGCCGACUGGACCGGCAUGUCUUCAUUGAUCUUCCCACGCUGCAGGAGAGGCGGGAGAUUUUCGAGCAGCAUCUGAAGAGCCUGAAGCUGACCCAGGCCAGCACCUUUUACUCCCAGCGUCUGGCAGAGCUGACACCAGGAUUCAGUGGAGCUGACAUCGCCAACAUCUGCAAUGAGGCUGCGCUCCACGCAGCUCGGGAGGGACACACAUCCGUGCACACGCUCAGUUUCGAGUACGCCGUGGAGCGCGUCCUUGCAGGGACUGCCAAAAAGAGCAAGAUCCUGUCUAAGGAAGAACAGAAAGUGGUCGCGUUUCAUGAGUCGGGCCACGCCUUGGUGGGCUGGAUGCUGGAGCACACGGAGGCCGUGAUGAAGGUCUCCAUAGCGCCUCGGACAAACGCUGCCCUGGGCUUUGCUCAGAUGCUCCCCAGAGACCAGCACCUCUUCACCAAGGAGCAGCUGUUUGAGCGAAUGUGCAUGGCCCUUGGGGGCCGGGCGUCGGAAGCACUGACCUUCAACAGGGUCACUUCUGGGGCACAGGACGACCUGAGGAAGGUCACCCGCAUUGCUUACUCCAUGGUGAAGCAGUUUGGGAUGGCACCUGGCAUCGGGCCCAUCUCCUUCCCUGAGGCACAGGAGGGCCUCAUGGACAUCGGGCGGCGCCCCUUCAGCCAAGGCCUGCAGCAGAUGAUGGAUCAUGAAGCAAGACUGCUGGUGGCCAAGGCCUACAGACACACCGAGAACGUGCUGCAGGAGAACCUGGACAAGCUGCAGGCGCUGGCAAAUGCCCUUCUGGAAAAGGAAGUGAUAAACUAUGAGGACAUUGAGGCUCUCAUUGGCCCACCGCCCCAUGGGCCGAAGAAAAUGAUCGCGCCACAGAGGUGGAUCGAUGCCCAGAGGGAGAAGCAGGACUCUGGAGAGGAGGAGGCAGCGGAAGAGGCCCAGCAGCCCCCACUUUGAGGCAAAGAGCCAUCUUGGCCAAAGUAGUUGAGAUGUGUUGGCCGCACGUGCGGGUGAUCCAAGAAGUGAGCGGCUCACUCAGCCACUCCGUGUUUCUUUUCAGCUGAGCUUUGCACUUGCUAUUGGGGCCCUCAGUAGUCUCUGCGCAGCGGCUUCUGAGAUCUCUUUACUGAUGACCCUUUUCACGAUUGUAAAUUUCUCUUCGGAAACAACUGAAUGAGCCUUGUGUUUGUGCAUCGUUUCCCCCAUGGGGAAGGUUAUUAGUACUUUCCCAAGUGAGCAUGGGACACCUCGAGUUCCCAGGGUUACAGACACAACCCUUCCCAGUGUGGCUGAGGCCACCGAGAGACCGCACAGCAUUCAGACUCUGAACAGACCCCUGUUCAUGCUGAUGCCUGCACAGCCGUUCAGUUCCCGUGGCUCCCUUGGAAUGCUAAGGGGUUCAGACAUGAAAGGAACCUCUGAGCCGAUUGUCCUGAGCUCACUCAUCAAUGAAGCCACACAGGCCCAGAAACUGGGCUCUAGAGGACUCAGCACUGCCACCUGCUGCCGUGUGGACAGGUGCAGGUUGAGGACUUCUAGCUGGUCUAGUCAUGCAGUGUUGGGAUGCCUUGGUUUUUGUUGCCCUGAGAAUUGUUGAGAUACUUUACUAAUAAACUCUGUGGUUGGAAAAA